GUUCCUAUCCCAGUGUCCACUCAGCUCCCGGCACCUGCCUGGUACAGGCUGCGGCGGCUCCCUUCCCAGGACACUGGCCAGCAUAAGAGGGAGAAACAACUCAGCUGUGCUUUCUAGCUCUGAGAAAAUGUCUACAGACGGUGGGGGAUCCUGGGCUACCCAGGACCAGGAGGGAGCCCGAGAGGUUCCAGGUCACCGGCAUCCUUAUCAAGAAAUACUUUCCGAGUCAGAUGAGACAAGGCCUUUAGGAGCCACUCAGGAAUCACCUCACAUCAAGACUGAGCCCGAAGAGCCGCUUGCUGAGGGGGUGUCACCAGAAGAAGGGGCUCUGAGUACACAGAGGUGGGCACCCCUGAGCCGUGGCUCCAAGGAGAAGACUCUUCUCCUGCCUGGUGGAGCCCACCGCUCUCCACAGGCCCCGGCUCUUUCCCAGGAGGAGAGAACCAGAGACCAGCAGAUGGCUGCAGCACUCCUCACUGCCUGGUCCCAAAUGCCAGUGACCUUUGAGGAUGUGGCUUUGUACCUCUCCCAGGAGGAGUGGGGCCGCCUGGAUCACACACAGCAGAGCUUCUGCAGAGAGGCCCUGCAGAAGAGGAAGGGGCUGUCCUUGGGGCUGCCCCUCAGCAGGCCUUUCUGGGCCUCCCACGUGCAGGGGAAGGGUGAGGCCUCGAGCUCCAGCUGGCAGACAGGAGAGGAGGAGGAGGAGAAGAUGGCCAUGUGCACAGCUCUGGCCCCCGACGCCCUUGGGGAUGUGAAGCCCUUCAGAACUAUGGCCGGCAGAGGUCCAGGGGGUUCCCUGCAGUGUGGACAGCAGGCUUCCAGCAGCCAGGGCUCAGAACAGACCAAGGAGGACACGCUGCCUGGGUCUCUGAAGCAGGGGCAGCCAAAGACAAUCCCACCAGCCACCAGCUUUCUAGAAACCCAAGAGGAGGACAUCCCUGAGAAGCCCAGCGAGGAGGAGAAACCUGCUGCCGAGGCUGCCAAGCGCAGCAAGGAGGCCCUGGCCGCGGAGGGUGAUGGCAGCAAGAAGACCUACAAGUGUGAGCAGUGUGGCAAGGGCUUCAGCUGGCAUUCCCACCUGGUGACACACCGGCGCACACACACGGGCGAGAAGCCCUACGCCUGCACGGACUGCGGCAAGCGCUUUGGCCGCAGCUCCCACCUCAUCCAGCACCAGAUCAUCCACACGGGCGAGAAGCCCUACACCUGCCCCUCCUGCUGGAAGAGUUUCAGUCACCACUCGACGCUCAUCCAGCACCAGCGCAUCCACACCGGUGAGAAGCCCUACAUGUGCGACCGCUGUGCCAAGCGCUUCACCCGUCGUUCGGACCUUGUCACACACCAGGGCACCCACACGGGCGCCAAGCCCCACAAGUGCCCCGUCUGCAGCAAGUGCUUCACACAGAGCUCGGCCCUGGUCACCCACCAGCGUACCCACACUGGCGUCAAGCCCUACCCAUGCCCUGAGUGUGGCAAGUGCUUCAGCCAGCGUUCCAACCUCAUCGCCCACAACCGCACUCACACGGGUGAGAAGCCCUACUGCUGCCUCGACUGUGGCAAGAGCUUCAGCCACAGCUCACACCUCACUGCUCACCAGCGCACCCACCGAGGUGUUCGGCCUUACUCCUGCCCCCUAUGUGGCAAGAGUUUCAGCCGCCGCUCCAACCUGCACCGUCAUGAGAAGAUCCACACCACGGGGCCCAAGGCUCUGGCCAUGCUGAUGCUAGGGGCAGCAGCAGGGGCCCUGGCAGCACCCCCACCCAUGCCCACGUAGGAGGCUAGGAGAGGGGCCAGGGCACUGGGAAGAAGCAAGGGCAGCAGCAGAACGAGCAAGGAGGGUGGGGGAAGGGAGUCAGGGAGGCUAUUGGCAUGGGGUAGGGCAUGGCAAGGUGGGAGGAACUGGGCCAGAGAAGCCAGCACUCUAGCUGCAAAUUAAAGGCCUUGGAAUUCAAGCAGUGGCACACAGCUCUGCCUCAGGGGCCCUGCAACGGGUCACCAAGCAUGUGGGCGCCUGGCUGGCCGUGGGUCUUCACUUAGGCCCCCCUCAGUCAUCACUCUCAGGAUGGCACCUUCCCCUCCCAGCCUUGACCUGUGUCAGUGCCUCUAUUCCACAACCCAUUCCAGAGCCCGGGGAUCAAGUCUUCCAGCAGAGGCUCCCGUACACAGAGGCUUCCAGGCAUGAAGCCAGCUGAACUGGGUUGGGAAUUGUGGACCCAGGCAGAGCCAUCUGGACUGCCUUUGCCAUCAUCUUGGGAACACUGAGUCAGUCUACGCUCUCCCUUAGCUCUGCCUCUUGGGACACAGGGAGCAGGGAGGUGCCAACUUGAAAAUUCACACUUGGGGUUACCUCCCACCCCUCGUCUCUACCUGCCAGGCUCCAAGGGCAGAGAUUUGUAAGGGGGUGUUUUCCCUCUAUGUCCACUGGGGCUGGGCCACAAUGCAGUGAUGAGCCCCCACUUUUCAGAGCUCCUGUCCCUCACUGUCCAUCCUGGGCUGCUGCAAGCUUCCUCCACAGUUCUCACCUCUUUAGCCUCGUCACACGUGUCCUCUGUAAUUGUCCUACCCACCCCUGCCUGGCUCCAUCACUCUCCAGUUUUCUCCUGGGUUUCUACCUCUGUAGCUUCUAUUUCCCGUUCUGUAGCUUUUUUCCUGGGGUGGUGUGACAUCAGCCUGCUGCUUAUCCCAGAUCUGUGGCUUAGCCCUCAAGACAAUGUUCAGCUCUGACACAGGUGACCUGGAGUGCAUCUGCACCAGGGAAGCCAUUGAGGCCCGACCUGUCUCCAUGGGACACCAUGGGUCAGGAGUCAAUGUGGCUGCAGCUCAGUUGGCUCCCAGGUCCCAAGCGAUGCAGUGGCUUCAGGCAGGAUGGGUGCUCAGUGCCAGGCAUGCGGCCAAGCACCACCUAUACAUCUCCCCUAAAAAAAAAAACUCUAGAGCCAUGGUUUAUCUUAGCUUUACAGAAAAGGAAACUGAGGCAAAGUCAUUCAGCCAGAGAGUUGAGAAUUGGUCCAGGUCUGGUGUUUUAUCGGGGGGGAAAGUUUGGAAGACCCGUUUCCAGGCACCUGGACAGGUCUUCACUGUCCAAUGUGUGCCCGAUACUGCAGGCAACAAACUGGACCUUCAGCUGGACCUUGGACUGGCCUCUGGUGUGAGGGACAGACACCAGGAAGCCUGGGGACCAGGGAGUCCAGCUGGGUCGUGGUGGUGUCUGGGAGGUCUCAUGAAUCUAGGGCUGGGCAGCUGGCAGGAUGAUUGAGUUAGGUGGUUAUUUCUCCAAGAGGCCAUGCCUUCAUGGCUUAUCUUCAUGGCUCCUGUUACUCAGCCAAAAAUGGGAUUUCUCUGCUUGACUCAGUGUAAGGGGCCGAGGGGGACUCUGGCAUGUCAAGCAGGGUCAUUGCUCUCAAGGAGCUCACUUUCAUGUCAAGGAGAGGAGUACAGGUGGGAAGACUUGUUGAAGUGGCUCUGGAGGCUGUCAGCACUUGGCUGUGCACCUAGUACUCACUUGCACAAUAGGUGUUGCUGGCUUUGUACACAGAACGCAUUUUGGCAGUUCCCUCACUGGUCAAUUCCUUGGGCUUCCCUGGGCAUGGUGUCAGGGACCAGAUUUCAGGACUUGGACUUCAGAGGUCUGUUGAGUGAUGCAGAGUGCCAAGUUUCACUCUAAAGAUGGUCUUCCAAAGAGCUGCCCCAGGAUGAUGGUAUUUUAAGAGGGGAAGUUGGCAGUUUGGAAAAUAUUUGACCAGAGCAAACAAGACCUAGGAGGUAGCUGGGGUACGUAUUGUAGAAGAGUUCUGAAUGUCCGGUUACUCUUAAUUUGGUGGGUGAUGGGACACCAUUGAGAGGUAAGAGGCUAGAGGGGAGGGUGCCAGAGAAGGGUCUUAGUGCUUCUCUGGGUAGACGGUGAGGAUGCUCAGAAGGUUAGCCUGGCUUCCGCUGACACCUGAAAUCCCAGUAUCUUGUUUACUGGAGAAUUGGACCUGAUUGGUGCUGUCAGGAGUAGGUAAGUGUCAUGUGGUUAGGGCUAGGGCAGAAGGUACAGUAUUUCCAUUGCGGCUUCCCACUCCAUCUCUGCGGCCCCAUGACCCAGCCUUUUUCGGGGCACUGCUGGCUUGGAAGGAUUCUUGCUGAAGGCACCCAGUGCCUCUGACCUCCGGGGGCAAUGCCAGCUAAGCCUCUGGUCAGCCCCUGUGGGUCCCAGAUGCCAGUCCAGGAGUGUCCGCCUCACAUAGCAUAGCCAAAGAUUCAGCCAGGCUGGGACAAUUCCUCCUCUCCCCCAGCUCGUGUGCGCACUGGUCCUUGAGGACUGCACACUGGACCCUGGACCCUGGAACUGGGCCUGAGAUCUUCUUCUAAGGGACCAAGGUGGGGGAACAUUUAUUCUCCAGGUUCCAAAAGGACACGCCUUUCUUGCUCUGUCUUAGCCAAUCAAGUGUUGGGGUAGAGUGAGCCAGCAAAUCUGACCAAUCACAGUCAGUUUUCAGAACAUCCCUUUUCUGCACCCAAGCCCCAAGGUUACCUGGCUACUGUUGGAAGGUCCCAGAUUAGGACUUUCCCAUGCUGGGGGUUCCUUGCAUCUGGGCCACUUCCUGAUGCGAUACACUUUGCCUUCAGGACCCGAUCAAGCUCAAUCACAUAUAUACCACUUCCAUGGAGUGCUGCUAUGCAUACCCAAAUUUAUGGCAUGGUGGGUUAGACUGCAGAAACCCUGGUGGCGUAGUGGUUAAGUGCUACGCUGCUAACCAAGAGGUCGGCAGUUCGAAUUCGGCAGGCGCUCCUUGGAAACUAUCGGGCAGUUCUACUCCGUCCUAUAGGGUCGCUAUGAGUCAGAACCGACUCGACGGCAGUGGGUUGGGUUAGACUGCACACUGGGAAAUUCAGGUCACAUGGUAACUUGGUGGCCCGUGGUACAUCGUUCAGUCUUUGCUAAGGCCCAGUAAACCCAAAACCAAACUCAUUGUCAGUAGAUUUCAACUCAUAGUGAUCCUGUAGGAUAGAAUAAAACUUCACCUUAGGCUGUCCAAGAUCUUAAUCCUUAAGGAAGUAUAUUGUCACAGUUGCUUCCCUAGGACUGGGUAUGAACCAGCAACCUUUUGGAUAGCAGCUGAAUUCUUAACUGCUGCGCCACCAGGGCUCUUAAGGCCCAGUGUAAGCCAAAAGAUGUUUCUCAAAAAGAGAGUAGUAAUCAGUACAGGACAGCAUGGUUUUGCUCCACAUUUCUAAGGGUCUAUGUUGUGAUUCAUCUACAGGGCCCUCCCAAAGGGCACUUCAAGAACCACUGAAUUGGCUGGGUCAUGUGACCCAGGUAGCAAGAAAGCCCACUCCAAACUGGAAGGUUUUUAGAGCAUUCAGCAAAUGGGUUACUCAAGUUGCCCUAUAGAGAGGAUUGCCCUAUGGGGAGGAAAUGGGGGUCUCCUGCCAAUAGCCAUGUGAGUGAGCCAUCUACCUAAGUGUAUCAUAGAAGCAAUUUGUAUCACUGAGGGUGAAGUUUAAGACAAUUCCAUCAUGUGUCUGCAGUGUACCCCUUGUAAAAAAAAAAAAAAAAAAUUUUUUUUAGACUCUGCCAAAUGAAAAAUGGCUCUUAGAGAUGAACACUGAAAUUCUCAUCAGUUGGAAAGGGAUCAUUUGCCCUCAGGACUGCAGUCUUAAUCGUGCAACGUUAGAGAUCACAAACUGAACUACUGCCUAUGUGGUUUGUAAAGACCCUCUGAAGGCCUGAAGUAGUCUGAGUAAUGGGCCCCAAAGCUAUAUAAGGAAACACUGCCUUAUUAGUACAAAGGGUCUUUGCAGAUCAUUAAGGAUCAUGACAUUGGGAGAUUAUCCUGAAUUAUCCCCAAACCAAUCCAAACCUGUUGCCAUCAGGUUGUUUCUGUCUCAUAAAAAAAAUAUGACCCUAUAUGAAAGUGUAAAACUGCCCCGUAGGGUUUCUAAGGCUGUAAAUCUUUACAGAAGUAGAUUGCCACAUCUUUCUCUAGUGGAACAUCUGGUAGGUUCAAAUCACCAACCUCUGGGUAGCAGCCAAGCACUUAACCACUGCACUACCAGGGCUUGUUUGGAUUACCACCCUCCCACCCCCCACACAAAAGGCAAACCCACUGCUGUUGAGCAAUUUCUGACUCGACCCUAAAAAAAAAAAAAUGUACAACAAAAACUGCUUGGUCCUGAAACCAUCUUUUCACAUUACUGUUUGAGCCCAUUGUUGCAGCCACUGCAGCAGACAGUGGGGUUCAAUACAUCUCCUUUAAGUAUCAUCCUCUUUUUCGCUCACCCUCUACCAAGCAUGAUGUCCUUCUCCAGGGACUGGUCUCUCCUGAUAACAUGUCCAAAGUAUUUGAGAUGAAGUCUUGCCAUGCUCGCUUCUAAGAAUUCUGGCUGUACUUGCUACCAAGGCAAAUUUGUUCUGGCGGUCCAUGGUAUAUUCAAUAUUCUUCACUAACAACAUAAUUCACAUGCAUCAAUUCUUCACAGCUUGCAAAACUGAUGAAAUUUAUUUAUAAAUGCAGAUAUGGGAAGAUAUUAAAUUUGUGUUAGAAAUAUACACAGAUGUAGAACUGCAAAAACAUAGACUAAAAUAUUAAUAGUUCUCAUUUCUGGAUUAGGAACAUCUUUUGCCUUCAUUCAUUCAACAAAUAUUUCCUAAGCCCCUACCUUGUGCCAGCACAAUUCUAAGUGCUGGGGGUAGGGCUGUAAGAACAGUGUCUGUCCUCAUGGAGUUUAUAGUCGAAUAGUGGGAGACAAAUAUUACACAAAUAUAUACAAUAUCAGGUAGUGAUAAAUGUUAGAAAAAUACAGCAUGGCAGAGACAUGGGGGGAGAGCUGUUAACACAGGGUUAGGGAAGCCCUCAUAGAGGGAAAGAUAUUUGAGCAGAGUGAGGGGGCUAGCCUUGUGGUUAUCAACAGGGAUUUUGUUUUUGUUAGGUGCUGUCAAAUUAGUUCUGACUCAUAAUGACCCUAUGUACAACGGAAGGAAACAGUGCUCAGUCCUGCGCCAUCUUGACAAUCAUUGCUAUGCUUGAGCUCAUCGUUGUCGCCACUGUCCGCUGUUUUAAUCUAUCUUACUGAGAAUCUUCCUCUUUUUUGCUGACCGCUACCAAGUGUGAGAUCCUUUUCCAGGAACAGGUCCUUGACAACAUGUCCAAACUACAUGAGAUAGUCUCAUAAUCCUCAUUUUUUUUUAAAAAAAAAAAUUUUUAUUGUGCUUUAAGUGAAAGUUUACAAAUCAAGUCAGUCUCUCACACAAAAACCCACAUACACCUUGCUACACCUGCUCUCUCCCUCUACUCUCUCUUUUCGUGUUCUUUUAGCCAGCUUCUAACCCCCUCCACCCGCUCAUCUCCCCUCCAGGCAGGAGAUGCCAACAGAGUCUCAAGUGUCAACCUGAUCCAAGAAGCUCACUCCACCAGCAUCCCUCUCCAGCCCAUUGUCCAGUCCAAUCCAUGUCUGAAGAGUUGGCUUUGGGAAUGGUCCUGUCCUGGGGCAACAGAAGGUCUGGGGGCCAUGACCAGCAGGGUCCUUCCAGUCUCAGUCAGACCAUUAAGUCUGGUCUUAUGAGAAUUUGGGGUCUGCAUCCCACUGCUGUCCUGCUCCCUCAGGGGUUCUCUGUUGUGUUCCCUGUCAGGGCAGUCAUCGGUUGUAGCCGGGCACCAUCUAGUUCUGGUCUCAGGAUGAUGUAGUUGCUGGUUCAUGUGGCUCACCAUCCUCACUUUUAAGGAGCAUUCUGGCUGUGCUUCCAUGACAGACUUGUUUUUCUUCUGGAAGUCCAUGGUAUACUCAAUAUUCUUAGCCAACACCAUAAUUCAAAGGCAUCAAUUUUUCUUUGCUCGUCCUUAUUCAUUGUCCAGCUUUCUCAUGCAUAUGAGGUGACUGAAGAUACCAUGGCAUGGGUCAGGAGCAUCUUAGUCCUCAAAGUGACAUCUUUGCUUUUUAACAGUAUAAGUAGGUGUUCUGCAGCAGAUUUGCCCAAUGCAAAUCAGAAGGAUACUUUUAUAUUUUCCCACAUUCUUAACUUCCUUUCUACACUAAGCAUACAAUACGUGGAAAAUUAAAAACAAAAAACGCUUUCUAUUCAUAUAAAAAACUGGAGCCUCAAAUUUUCUGGUAGAGGAGUGGAGAAGGUGGGAGUAGGUCCAACUUCACUGAAAAGAGAACGAUCCCACCCCCCCUUCAGCUCCCCGCAGGUGAAGCUGCCUGUGGAGGAGCUCGGGGAUCCUCCUGAGUCCCCUUCACGCCUGCCGAGACGAGAACUGCAGUGAGGAGGCUCUGCGCACGCCUCCAAACGUAUUGCCUUAGGAGCUCAACACGCCCCUCCGUUGUUGCACGGUCCAGUCGAUUUUCGACUCCCAGUGACCCAAUGAGUCGGAAUCGACUCGACGGCAAUGGGUUGGGUUUGGAUUUUUUUUUAGUGACCCAGUGCAACAGAGUAAAACUGCCUAUAGGGUUUCCCAGGCCGGAAUCGUUGUGGGAGAGAAGAUCGCCAGGUCUUUCUACCACGGAGGCGCUGGGUGGGUUCCAAAUGCCGACCUAGGGCUAAAUACUUGGGAGAGGGUGGGACUCAAGAGGCUGGAAACGGGUUUUCCCGGACUGAGCUCCAGGGCCCUCUUGAGCUUCCACACGCUCCUUAGAGCGAAGAGAGAGAUGGGCUGUAUGUAGAAAAAGUAAUCUCAGCGCAUCCCUGUUGGCGGAGCCAACGAGGCCAGGCCUCACCCUCAGUUGCCAGAGGCGCCGACAAACUGAACAAAAAACGGAGCGGAAGGGCGCAGCCAGUGAAAAGGAACACUCCGGACCUUCGUCCCAGGAGCAAGGCUAGGACGUAACUGGCAUAGCUUCCUCCUGGUUGGCCACCACUGGGAAUUUUCCCCUAGAUUGGCCGUUCCUCCGGGAGAAGAUAGGCUUAGAAGCCGA